CGCAAAAGCCAGGCGCCAGGAGCGCUGAGGAGGAGGUGGACCAGCACCAUGCCUCUCCUCCGGCGGGGCUCUUAAGGCUCUCCUUCUUCCCCUUCCCUUGCAGCUCACCCUUUCAGCAACUGAGGAGAGAGAGAAAGGUGAGGAAAGCACUGACUCCUCAGCCGAGACUGGGACCAAGACUGGGCACAAAAAAGAAGACGACGACGACGACGACGAGGAGGAGGAGGAGGAGGCUGGGAAGCAGGCGCGCGCUCCAUCCCCACAGCUCUCCAGCUCUUCUUGUGUCUCGCGCGCAGGGGAGCGCAAGGACCUCCUGCAGCAGCAGCAGCAGCAGCAGCAGCCAAGAAGGGGGCUCCCCUCGAGCAGUGCAUUCCCUCCUUUCCCUUCCCUUCCCUUCCCUUCCCUUGGUGGAGGAGAGAGAUGACAUCCACGGGGAAAGAAGGCAGCGGGGCUCAGCAGCAGCAGCACGCGCAGUAUGUGGGACCCUACCGCUUGGAGAAGACCCUGGGCAAAGGCCAGACAGGGCUUGUGAAGUUGGGGGUUCACUGUGUAACAUGUCAAAAGGUCGCUAUAAAAAUUGUCAACAGAGAGAAGCUCAGUGAGUCGGUGCUAAUGAAGGUGGAGCGGGAAAUAGCCAUCCUGAAGUUGAUAGAACACCCUCAUGUUUUAAAGCUACAUGACGUUUAUGAAAAUAAAAAAUAUUUAUAUUUGGUGCUAGAACAUGUAUCUGGUGGAGAACUUUUUGAUUAUCUUGUAAAGAAAGGAAGAUUAACGCCAAAAGAAGCCAGGAAGUUUUUCCGACAGAUAAUUUCUGCUUUAGACUUCUGUCAUAGUCAUUCAAUCUGCCACAGGGAUUUAAAACCAGAAAACCUAUUGCUGGAUGAAAAGAAUAAUAUCCGGAUAGCAGACUUCGGGAUGGCAUCACUGCAAGUUGGCGAUAGUUUGCUUGAAACAAGUUGUGGGUCACCGCAUUAUGCCUGUCCAGAAGUAAUCCGGGGAGAAAAAUAUGAUGGCAGAAAAGCAGAUGUCUGGAGCUGUGGAGUUAUUUUAUUUGCAUUGUUAGUGGGUGCCCUGCCAUUCGAUGACGAUAACUUGCGGCAGCUGCUAGAGAAAGUGAAACGUGGUGUGUUCCAUAUGCCACAUUUCAUCCCACCAGACUGUCAGAAUCUCCUACGGGGGAUGAUUGAAGUGGAUGCCUCGAAACGGCUGACGCUAGAACACAUUCAGAAGCACAUAUGGUAUAUAGGGGGUAAGAAUGAGCCAGAACCUGAACAACCAAUUCCUCGAAAAGUGCAAAUUCGCUCUCUCCCUUCCUUGGAGGACAUUGAUCCUGAUGUUUUAGACAGCAUGCACUCAUUAGGUUGCUUUCGUGACAGAAAUAAACUUUUACAAGACCUGCUGUCAGAAGAAGAAAACCAAGAAAAAAUGAUUUAUUUUCUUCUCCUUGAUCGGAAAGAGAGAUAUCCCAGUCAUGAGGAUGAGGAUCUUCCUCCUAGAAACGAAAUAGACCCUCCGAGAAAGCGUGUGGAUUCUCCAAUGCUGAACAGACAUGGGAAGCGAAGACCAGAGAGGAAAUCAAUGGAGGUCCUGAGCGUGACUGAUGGAGGUUCCCCAGUUCCAGCUCGCAGAGCAAUUGAAAUGGCACAGCAUGGACAGAGUAAAACAAUGUUCAGUAAAAGCCUGGAUAUCUGUGACGCCAAUCCCAAAUUCAACAAAGAAGAAAGGAUGACGAGCGCUGACGCAUUGGGGUCUCGUUCAAUCAGUGGAGCUUCAUCUGGUCUAUCCACCAGCCCCCUCAGCAGUCCAAGGCCUAUCAGAAAAUUUUUCAUCCCCCCUCAGACUCCUGACCUCCCUUUCACCUCCCGCCCCCAAGUCUCCCUGGACUCCGAUACGUGUAGGAAUGCUUCCAGGCCCGGACAUGUUCUGCAACCAAAGCCAGCACUUCAACCUAAUCCAAAGACACAGACUUUACCAUCCAAGAGUAAAUUGGCUGAAAAACCACUCCAGUCUACCAAAUCCAAUCCACUCCCAUCUGGCAAUGCUAUUGUCCCUGCUCCCCAGAAUGCCCCGGCCCAAAACACUCAGGGCCGCCCACCUGUUCCUGGGUUUAGCCCACAGCUGGCUGUUCCUGCGGUGCAAACCAACCCUCUGUCUCCUGUUAGAUUGCUCCCUUCUAGUACUGACCCAAGCACCAAAUCUAUCCCCAUCAUACAGGUCACCCCUCACCCCUCUCCAAGGGGCAGUCCCCUCCCUACCCCCAAGGGGACACCUGUCCAUACGCCAAAGGAGAGCCCAGCAGGCACACCCAACCCUACGCCACCGUCCAGUCCCAGCAUUGGAGGAAUGCCCUGGAGAACACGGCUCAACUCAAUCAAGAACAGCUUCCUGGGAUCUCCUCGCUUCCACCGCCGGAAAUUGCAAGUACCUACGCCAGAAGAGAUGUCCAAUUUAACUCCAGAAUCUUCCCCAGAACUUGCCAAAAAAUCCUGGUUUGGUAACUUUAUCAACUUAGAGAAAGAAGAACAGAUCUUCGUAGUUAUUAAGGACAAACCACUGAGUUCUAUCAAAGCGGAUAUAGUUCAUGCAUUCCUCUCGAUUCCCAGUCUUAGUCAUAGUGUCAUCUCUCAGACAAGCUUCCGUGCAGAGUACAAGUCCACAGGAGGCCCUGCUGUCUUUCAGAAGCCAGUAAAAUUCCAAGUGGAUAUAACAUACACAGAAGGUGGGGAGGCCCAGAAAGAGAAUGGGAUCUACUCAGUCACUUUCACGCUUUUAUCAGGUCCAAGUCGUCGCUUUAAGAGGGUAGUAGAAACCAUUCAGGCACAAUUGUUAAGCACACAUGACCAGCCUUCAGUGCAGCAGUUAUCAGAUUAAAAUGGAAAGUGUUCUGACCUCUAGAGGGGUUCAGACAGCUUGCCUGCUAACAAGUAGUGUCCCCCAUCUUUCAAGUCAGAUGCCAUUACAGGUGAGUGACUGGCACCCUCUUUAUGAACAAAGUCAAUGCACUGUGAGAUAAAAGUAUAACACAAUGUAUUACAACAGAGGUGCUUUAUGGCUGGGCAACCCAUCUGUGAACGUGUCUCCAAUUCAGCCUCCAGCGAACACUUGAGACAUUGUGGAGGUGAUGCUUGCUCUCUCUCCUGACCCUGCUUGGUCUGCUGAGCUAUGGGCCAGCCCAUUAAAAUGGCUUACCUGGGUUUCAGAACAGAAUUGUUUUCUGUCGUCUCUUAUUCUUUGCAAGCUCACACCAAUAUUGAUAGACAU